AUGUCGAAAUCUAAUUUACAUAUUAUUAAUGGAAGUCCAAAAUCGGAAAUCAUAAGAUUACGGGAGCAUUUGGAUACGGAGGCGGAGACAGAUGAUGCUGAUACAUACAGUCCAUCAAUUUCAUCAUUUGAUGAAAAUUUUAAUUGCCGUGAAAUGUUCAUUAUUACGAUUGAUGAUGAUCCACAUAUUAUCACCACGAAUUCAUCAUUGUCAAAUUCGGAUGUUAUCAAUUCUGAUAGAAAUCAAUUUGCUGAAAAUAUUCCGGCACGUAGUAUUUCAUGUGUUGUCGAUAAUGAUUUACGUCAAACAAUUAAAACUGUAUGUUUCGCUCUUUUUUCUUUUCGUUUCCAUUCUUUAAUUCUCUAA